AUGGCUUCGACAGGUGUUAACCGGCCGACAAAUGUCCGGCAGCGGGAUGAAGACAUCGACCGAAAGUUGCAACUCUAUGGUAUCGCCAGCGCCUUCCGGAAUGGCAAGAUGCCUUCCAAUGAGCAGAUCGAUGCGACCUUGAACAGCUUUAUCGCGUCUAAGGCCUUGUCCAACCCGUCCAACAAGCUCUCGUCUGAAGGCCGGGCCCUGGUCGCUGAUUUCCGCGACGUUGUCAACCAAGCUAAGCUUCUUCUGCUCACCAAGAAUGACGGCAACUUGCUACAAGAUUUCAUUUGGAAGACCAGCCGUCAUGACUACUCAAGCAUUGAGGUCCCUGGGGCUGUGGUUUCCAAGGAUGAAGCCAAACAAGAUGGUGACAAGGCCCUAGAAGGCAUCAAGACCCUCGGCAACCUGCUCAUCACGAACGGCCAAUUCCGCAAGCUUUUGAAGGACUCGUCGGUGCUCUUCAGGGACAUCCUUGCCGACUCUGCGUCAAAGGCAACGUCUGUUGUCCGACCAUCUGACGAAGCGUUGGCUCAGAUCGACGAGCCUGCACCGGAUGACACUUGGCACGAUCGGCCGAAUUUGGCAAAGAAUGACCUGAAGAACCGCACCAAGGCGCUCUACAAGAACAACUCAGGUGGCACAACAUCUGGACGCGAUGUCGGCGGUACGUCGGCGGCCGAUACGCAGAGACUCGAUGGCCUUCAGGAUGGUACCGCGGAAACUGCCCAAGACAAGACUACAGAGUAUCGCGAUCGCGCCAAAGCCUACCUGAGAUCAAAGGUGCCCCAAGAGCGCAGAGAUCAGGCGGUUUGGAGACUGAAGAAAAUGAUUAUCGAGUGCCAACAGCACCCCGAUUAUCAGCAGGCCAUCCAGGCACUCCUGGACCUGGCCGAGCGCUAUCAUGGCCAUGCCAAGACGACCACUGCGAACUCGCAUGGAGUCGUCCAAAAUACCAGGGACCGUCUGUCGGAUGCGGAAGCGGACCUGAAAACAUUAAUCGAGCGCUUUGCGAAUAGCACUUCGACGGACAAUCUUUGGAGUUCUAUCAACGACAUCUAUACGUUGGCCGACAAUGAUAACGAGUUGCAGUCCUGGUUCAGCAAAGUCGAUCGCUUCCUUCGCCGCUGCCUCCAAGAGAAGGGUUUCGUUCUCGAAGAUGCCUCCACCGAGGAGUGGAAUCGGCUCUAUGAUCAUGGCAACUACCUCCUGCGCGAGAAGUACCGACCGCAGACCGACAAAGUUGCCAACGAGGUCAAGUUCCUUGCUGAUCAGUUCGACAAGGACGCCCAGAACCAAGCUUUUGGCAAGUCUGUCAGAAAGCUCUUGUACGAUCUGGGAAAUGAUGAAAAUGGGAAGCAGACUUUCAAGCCCCAUCUCGUCAAGGAUGUCACCAAUGUGAUUCUCCCCGCCACCCUGGAGAGCAUCGCUUACAUUCCCAUCCCCCGGAUCGAGUACUCUGACAGUCAGGUCGAUGCUGUCAUCGAGAACCUGGUGCUGGAGAGCGACAACUUUAUGCCCAAUGUGUUUGAAAUCUACAACAACAAUUAUGUCUCUUGGGGCCGCAAACUGGGCAAAGUCGGCAAUAAUAGGCACUCUGCGCAAGUCAACGUAUCUGGCAUUCAGAUGGACCUUCGCAAUGUCAGCUACUAUGUCAAGAGAAAGGAGGGCUUCCCUUCUCUCACAGACGUUGGCAUUUUCAGUGUCUUCUUGUCCGGCCAAGGUUUCAGCUUCAAGUUAGGCCUCAGCACUGCAGGGCCUAGCAACCGGCAGCAUUUCUUCAAGGUCGAUAAGGUCCAUGUGGACAUUGACAACUUGAAGAUCACAAUGCACAAAUCGCAACACAAGCUCCUCUUCACUGUUUUCAAGCCCAUUCUGAUGCGCGUGAUGCGGCCCGUCUUGCAGAAGGUGCUAGAAAAGGCCAUCCGGGACAACUUCAACAAAUGGGACACCACCCUGUACACAAUCAAGCAGGAUGCUGACCGCGCUGGGCGGGAACUUGACGUGGAUCCUGACGAGGCGGGUUCGAAGCCCAACACGUACAGCCGCUUCUUCACUGCUGCCAGGAAACACAUGGAAGAUUCCAAGGAGCGCAAGAAGGAGGAGGCCAAAAAGAAGGCGGCCGACCUGGAUGACAAAAAGCUUAACAUUGCUUACACGAAGGAGGACAGCAUCUUCCCUCACAUUAACUUGCCUGGCGGUUUCAGCUCAAAGGCGUCCCGUUAUAGGGCCAUGGCCAGCGAGGGCGAUAACUGGCAAAGCCCGGUGUUUACGCUUGGCUCGGCCGGCACCAGCAAGAGCGUCCCUAAGCCUUCGGUUAUUGAAAAGAAGGAGGCCCCGGUUUCAAAUCCCAGUCGGGUGAAUGGUGUGAAUGGAGCUAACCGGGCCAACGGCAACGACGAUUUUGCCACCGCUAAUAGUGCCAACGGCUACCAGAGCACCCAGGGCCUCCAGGGCGCAAACGGCCUGACUGCGCCGUUGGCCGUGCCGGUCGCGGUGGUUGCCCCUGCCGGGAGCACUGCCACUGCUACGGGCCAUGAUGUGGCGGUUGCGGCAACUGGAGCAGCACGGGAUGGUGCACAGGGAACUACGGGAGUUGUCUCCUCCGUGUCCGGACGCCUUGUCUAA